GGCCAGCCAAAGCAACCUGCAAAGUAAGCAAGUCUUUCUCAUUUUUCACAAACAAAAACAAUCACCAAAUAACGGGUAAUCCAGAUCGUUUAAUGGAAAACAACUUAGCCGUCCAGGCAAUAAGAAAUGGAGCAAUGCCAACACGCCUGGUAACCGCACAGCCUAUAACAACAGUAACAACAGUCCCAGUAACCAUUUCCCCUCUCCUACCGCAACAUCCACCGCUGCCCCUUUGUCACAUAAACCAGCCGAUGCCUUGAGUGAAGAUCACGAAACGGCCAAACAUUUGCAUGACCGAAUGCUAUUCCUGCUCAGCAAUUUGGUGGGAACGGUCGUUCAGGUCACGGUGAAAAAUGGUAGCAAAUUUGAAGGUGUCUUUCACAGUGCUUCCACCCAAGGCGAGCUUGAUAUCUGUUUAAAACUGGCUAGAAAGAUUCACGAUCCUCAGGCACCACCCUUGACCAAGGGUACCACCAAUCCCAAUCCAAUCAAACCCUCCCUGAUUAUUUUUUCAAAGGACUUGGUGGAAAUUAAUGCUGCCGAUACUGAUCUCACGGCGGGUGACAUGGUCACAGAGAAAGACACUUUCAAGACCGAUACCGAUAUUUCCGGACGCAUGGAGAUUAGAGAACGUGAACUUCACAAGUGGAAUCCGGAAGGUCAUGAGGCUGGAGCAUUUGAUGCAUUGGAAGGCGAUUUGGAGUCACCGUCUCAAGGUUCGGGAUCAUGGGAUCAGUUUGCUGCCAAUGAGAAACUGUUUGGGUUGAAGACCGAUUUCGACGAGGAAAUAUAUACAACCAAGUUGGAUCGAUCGGCUCCCGAUUUCAAGGAUCGUGAAAAGAAGGCCAUGGAGAAAGCGGCAGAAAUUCAAAAGUCGUCCGCUGCCACCACCAAUGUUCACUUAUUAGAGGAACGCGGCUUGUUGGAUGACAGUAACAUAGAUGAAGAAGACCGUUACGGCGCCGUGGUACGUGACGUGAAUCCCAACAGGUACAUGCCUCCUGCCCUGCGUAAGCAAAUGCAGCAAGCUUCGCCGAGUGGCAAGAAGAAAGACGGGGCCGACGAUCAUGAACCGACAAUGGCCAAGUCGCCAUCCACCAAUUUGCCACCCAAUAGCCCCUUGCAUAAACUGAUGACCAAUUCGCUCCCCAAAAUCGGAGCACAGGCCGCCUCUCCUGUGGCCAACUUGGCCAAUAUCCGUCAAGACACCCGAUCACCGAAUGCCCAACCUCCCAUGGAUAAGCUUACCGAAGGAACUCAUCCCAAGCGAAUCGAGGCUGAAAUUGCCACCACCUUUCGACAGUUUGCUUUGCAGGAAAAGGACAAAUUGCAUGCUAAAAAACAAGCCCUCCAGAAAAAGGAAAAGGACAGUCGUCUAGCUGAAUUGAUGAAGUUCCAUCAGAGCUUCCGACUUGAUAUGCCGGUGCCACCGGAUCUCGCUCCUUUGCUGUCCAAGGGCAAGAGACGUACCAGUCCUACUGAACCGGGAAAAUCCACCUCGCCUUCGCCCUCGGAAACCAAGAAACCGGCUGUGGCUUCUUCUCCUUUGACCGGAGUGACCACAGAUGAGAAUAAGGAAAACGUUGAACCUGCAUCCACCAAACCUAAACCAUUGUCUGACGCCGAUCAGUCUCCUGAACCCAAAGAAAAGCCGACCGAAACCAAACCCGUCAAACCGGCCAAUUCUGCAUUCAAAUUCAAUGUCAAAGCUUCCGAGUUUAAACCGAAUCCUACCGCACCUGCAUUUGUUCCGGGAGGAGGAGCACGAUCGACGACUGAAGCCUCGUCGCCGUUCUUUGCUGGUCGCCAGCUGAAAAGAGGAGUCGCAGCUGAACCUUUAGUGAUUGCCGAAGCGUUUACCCCAUCUUUUAGCAAAGGCAAAGAUGUUCCAGCCAAUUCAGUUGGACCCACAUGGCCGUUUGGAACCAAACAGUAUCGACAUCAAUUCCAUCAAUUUGCUCACUAUGAUGAUGAUGUCUUUACUGGCUAUCCUUCGCCCAAUUUCCCUUACGGAUAUCCUCCGUACCGUUAUCCACAGCAAUUUAUCCCCGGUAUGUCGCCAAUUCCUGUGCAACAGCCUAAUCACGUUCCAUACAUGAGCCCUCAGUUUGUUCCUAAUGUUCCUAUCUCGGCCGCACAAAUGCCACCGACUGGUGCCCCGCCCGCUGUAGCUUACAGUCCGCAGAUGGCCAAUGUGUCUCCUCAUGGAUCACCUUUUCCACAAGGGUUCCCAUCGCCUCAGCGAUCUCCCAUGGCACCUCACGGGAUGCCGCCUCAAGUUUAUCAAUACCAAGGAAAUGUGCCGCAUCAAGGUCCAAUGAUGAUGCGUCACCCUGCCGAGAUGAUGCCACCAAAUCCCGGGCCGGGCGGUCCUGUCAUGGUGACAAGACCCAUGAUGGUCGAUGCAAACCACAUGCCGUAUCCGCCUUCCCAAGAAACGACCUCUCCUUCGCCAGAGUCCGUGGCUGAACCAUCCCCGUCCACCUACUCUUAGCUCUGCUUCCUGAUUUAAAAUUAGGUUCCUGGCUUCAGAAAAAAAAGAAAAACCUAAAAAAAAAACUAGUGAUCCCCUUCUCUACCCUCAAUCUUUCUUCUAUUAAACUACACUCAAAAAGAGAGAAAGAAAAGACAUAGCGCGAUAACGAGCUACUUAAACGCGUAGAAAAG